AUGGCCGACGCCUAUGCAGCGGCAAAGGCCUGGUUUAUUCGUGGUGAUGAUGUCAAGGCUCAAGAGCUUUGUGAGAAGGCUUUGAAGCUGGCAGAUGAGCUGCGUCCCAUCCCUCGCGAGAUGGGCAAUGCCUUACACCUGCUUGGGGCCAUUCAUUUGAGGCGCCAGUCCCCUGACCUCGCCUUGACCUGCUUCGAACGAGCAGUCGUGAUCAAGAAGUUCUUUGAGGGCUCAGAGGAGCCUUCAGAAUCGCAGAUCUCCACGUGGCUGGCGCUGGGCAGUGCCCAACUCCAAGCCGGCCGCCCCGCUGACGCGGCUGGAUGUCUUCAACAGGUGGUGGAUGCGAUGGAAGAGCGAGAUGAGGAGAAGCCCGUUUUGGCCAAUGCUUACCAUAGCUUGGGUGCUGCCUAUCGUGCUGGCACGCUCAGAGCCAACGCAAGAAGGGAGCACAGCCAGGGAGAAGCUGAAAGAUACAGCAUCCUUAUUGGUGGAUUCAUGGACAUGCUACCUCUGAACCCUGAACAAGUGAUCUUCAUGAUUCAUCGAUUUUGCAAGAGUGGUGCCCUCAAGCCCCUCAACUUCCUUCUACUGUAUCCGCUCUAA